UUUUAGUACUUACGACUAAUUCAAUUUUCAAGGACACCGCCGGCUUAAUUUUUGCGGGAAAUUAAAAAAUAUUUUUUUGACCUAAAACGCAACACCAGGAUGGCAGCAACAGCUGCCAAGAACGCAAUAACUCUUAAAGGUUCCACGGAAACAGUUGCUGAAUUUUUCGAUUAUGGUAUCAACAGUAUUUUGUAUCAGCGAGGUAUAUACCCACCAGAAACAUUUACCAGAGUACAAAAGUAUGGACUAACCCUUCUUAUCAGCACAGAUGAUGCAAUUAAAAAAUAUCUAUCUGAAGUUAUUUCACAAAUAAAAGAAUGGCUUUUAAAUAUGACAGUAAACAAGCUGGUGGUAGUAAUAAAAAGUCUGAACACAAAUGAAGUGUUAGAACGCUGGCAGUUUGAUGUGGAGUGUGAUAAAACUGCAUUAACUGAUAGUAAACCUCGUGAAAAGUCAGAGAAAGAAGUGACUGGAGAAAUUAGAGCAGUUAUUAGACAGAUUACGGCAUCUGUAACCUUUCUACCACUCAUAGAAGAACCUUGUAGUUUUGAUUUGCUGGUAUAUACCGACAAAGAUCUAGAGGUCCCUGAUUCCUGGGGCGAGUCUGGGCCGCAGUUUGUGAAUAACUCUGAAGAAGUUCGCUUACGAUCUUUCACAACAACAAUACACAAAGUAGAUACAAUGGUAGCAUAUAAGAAAACUGAUUGAUACAGACUACAGUUGUGUAACUUAACUAUAUGUAUGUAAGAAUUGAAGAAAAAGAAUAUAAUGUGCAAUGCAGUUGAAAGGGGUGGGUGAGGGGGCUGUGUUAGAAAUCUUAGAUUCCAUAGAUUCCAUUACAUGAAUGGAAAGUGUUGUACUGAAAAGCAAUAGUUGAACUCUAUUACUUAAUGUCAAACAUGGAAAUUGGAUUGACAUUAUUUAAAGGUAUGAACACCUGUAAACAUGUAAAUACAAUCAUGUCUUAAACUUAAAGACGCAGAUAACUUUGAAGAUGGUGCUUUAUAUGUUUAUAUUUGUGAGAAGUUGGUUACAUAAGAUUUAUUACAUACCAGUGUUGUUAUUGAAGGUUUAAUACAUAUAAUAUUACAUGGCAGUGCUUGUAAUAUGUAAAUAAAUUGAUUUAUUGGAUUGUACAGUCAAGAUUGUCAUACAGGACUUACCAAGGGAACAUUACUGUAAGUUCAAAGUAUGUAAAUAAAAUAAGUAUGCCAACAGAACACAUAUAAUUUGAUGUACAAUGUACAUAUACAUGUAUAAUCAAUAAAGAUUAUAGUAUUAUUUCAAAAUAGCAAAAUACAAUGCCUGAAAUAAAUUGAUGUAUCUGAAAUACUUGUACUAAAAUGAUUAAAACAACCUAGUUUUUUUCUUUUUAAAUGGAAAGCUUGAAUUUAGUCUUUUCCUCUAGAAUUCUUUUUAGCCUAUAAUAGUGAAAU